GUAAAUAGAAACUACGUCAUCAUCCAUCGACACAGGGAAAUGUUUGGUUUAGGCUGGGACACUUAGGUAGCGACCUAGGCAGGCUUUCCCAAACGAAGUUUUCAUUUAAUUAAAGUUUCAUUUCUGAGAGAAAAUGCCGAAAGUAGUGUCGCGAAGUGUUGUCUGUUCGGACACUCGAGAUCGGGAGGAAUACGAUGACGGAGAAAAACCUCUUCACGUUUAUUACUGUCUUUGUGGCCAGAUGGUGCUCGUGUUAGACUGCCAACUGGAAAAGCUUCCCAUGAGACCACGGGACAAAUCAAGAGUAAUUGAUGCAGCCAAGCAUGCUCACAAAUUUUGUAAUGUAGAAGAGGAUGAGAAUGUUUAUCUCAAAAGACCAGAUGGAAUUGAGCGGCAGUUUAGAAAGAAAUGUGGAAAGUGUGGUCUACUUCUCUUCUACCAGCAUCAGUUGAAAAACACGCCCGUUACGUUCAUUGUGGAUGGUGCUGUGGUGAAGUUUGGCCAGGGAUUUGGGAAUACCAGUGUGUACAGCCAAAAGCAAGAGGCUCCCAAAAAAGUCAGGGUGAUGAUGACAAAGAGAACCAAAGACAUGGGAAAGUUCAGUUCUGUCACCGUUUCCACCAUUGAUGAGGAAGAGGAGGAGAUUGAGGCGAGAGAAGUUGCUGACUCGUAUGCCCAGAAUGCGAAAGUAAUUGAGAAGCAGCUUGAAAGGAAGGGCAUGAGCAAGAAGAGACUGCAAGAGCUGGCUGAACUGGAAGCAAAGAAAGCGAAAAUGAAAGGAACGCUAAUCGACAAUCAAUUUAAAUAAAUGCCUAUCGAUGACCGGAGCAGUGCGUGAGGAGCGUUAAGGAGAAAUCAUCAUUCCAAGGAAAUCUGGCUUCAUUUUAAAUGACUUUCUGUGCAAACCUUUGAGGACUACAGCUAGCUUUACACAUACUGUUGGUUUGUGCACUCACUCUCAAUUAGUUCCUCCUCCCAGGACAAAGAACCUGUACAGAACUGCAGAAUUUAAGCACAGAUGGGUCCACUCUAACCCUCUAUUCUUGUUUUACUUCAUUUUCAGCUUGAUUUAAUAAAUAUUUUGAUGAAA